GAUCGCGUUGCCACACCACGCUACGCGUCGUUUUACGAAUAACGUUUUGCUGCGUUUCGCAGCAUUCCAUUCAUCCUAUUGUCCAUUGUUGUCUUUCGUUAAUUCGAAAGUGAAAGAAGACAUUUACACUUAAUAUAUUAAAGUAUUUAUUAAUAUUUGUGAAGCAUCUUAUCGUCAUGGGUUGCGAUGGUGGUACUAUUCCCCGCAGAGACGAACUCGUUAGAAUAAAGAAGAAACCAGAACAGAAAGAUAAGGAGGCAGAAUUAGCUUUUAAAUGGAAGCACUGUACGAUACGGCAAUUGCCACUGCAACCACCAAUCGUAAGUUGCAGCUUAGGUCGCCUGUACAGUAAAGAAGCUGUGUUGGAAGGUCUUUUGGAUCGCAAUACUCUUCCAGAAUCUGCCGUACACGUUAAAAACUUGAAGGAUGUAAGGAAUCUCAAUUUAACACCAAAUCCAGCAUUUGAUGGUGAUAAGGCAGAGAAAGGAGAUGGUUACAAUGAUGGAAGCAAAAGCCCAUAUAUUUGUCCAGUCAUUGGUUUGGAGAUGAAUGGAAAAUAUAAAUUCUGCUUCUUAUGGUCAUGUGGCUGUGUAAUGAGUGAACGUGCCCUUAAAGAAGUAAAGAGUACAUUGUGUCACAAAUGUCAGCAACCAUUUGAAGAGACAGAUAUAGUCAUAUUAAAUGCAGAAGGUGACGAUGUGGAACUCAUGAAGGAACGAGUGGUGUUCAGAAAAGCUAGUCAAAAGAAGUCAAAGAAGAAGAAAUUAGAUGAAGAUGUAUCAACAGAAGAAAAGAAGACGGAUGAAUUGCCCAAGAAGAAGAUGAAGAAGGAAGAGAAAAUAAUUUCUAAAUUGAACAAUAAUCACAAGGAGGCCAAUGAUCCUGCUUAUAAGAAAGCUAAACGCGAUUACAGUGUUGCAAAAGAUCCUAAAGCGUCGGAAGUUUUCAAAAGCAUUUUUACCACUCAUAAAUCUGCAACAGAGCAAGACAGAGCGCACUGGGUUACUUAUAAUCCAUUUUAUAAUUAAUGUAUAUAAAGCAG